ACCAGAGGAGAAGAAAAAGAGACAGAAAAAGAAGAACAGCACAAGGAAUUGAUAGUCCAUAGAGAAAGAGAAUUCCACCUAAAAAUUACUCUCUCUCUCUCUCUCCUAAUUAUUUUUAUUCUUUAAAAAAUCCUGGGGGGGUUUCUCAAAUGGCCUUUACCUCCCAGUCUAUGUUAUCAGCAAAUAGCUGUUCAUUCCCAACUCAUCAGAAGACUCCCAAGAAGCCUCCGAGAGCAAAAGGGAGCACCAAAUUCUUCAGAGUGAAUGCUUCAACUGGGUCAGAAGAUGCUGAUUGCAAUGUGGAGGAGUGUGCUCCUGAGAAAGAGGUCGGGAAGGUUAGCGGGGAGUGGCUAGCUGGGGAGAAGACCAAAGUGAUUGGGACAUUCCCUCCCAGGAAAAGAGGUUGGACUGGUUAUGUGGAGAAAGAUACAGCUGGGCAAACAAAUAUAUACUCAGUUGAGCCGGCGGUGUACGUCGCCGAUAGUGCAAUAAGCUCGGGGAAUGCGGGCACAUCCGCACAGGGAGCAGAGAAAACCCUCGCCAUCUCCGCAAGCCUCGCACUCAUCUCCAUAGCCGCGGCUUCAUCCAUCCUCCUCCAAGUUAGUAAGAACCAACCACAAGAGCAGAGCGUGGUGUACUCCGGACCGCCUCUGAGUUACUACAUCAACAAGUUCAAGCAGGAGUUGGCGGUGGUCGAAGCUUCAGUUGCUCCCGAACUCCAAAGUACUCCGUCCGUCGAAGCUUCAGUUCCUUCCGAGUCUUCAAAUUCGCCACCGACCGUGGAGGCUCAAAUUCCUUCGAGUAUGCAGUUGGAUAGCGACGCGAAUGCGGUUCCUGAAGUUCAAGUUGAGUCAAGGGAACCGGCGGAGGACAAAAGUUUGAGUCCAAGUAAUGCAUCUUGAGAAGAAAUGCUUUCCUGAGAAGAUCAGCUUUUUUGUUUCCUUCUUAUUUUUGUACACCAAGUUAUACUUGAGAUGCGAUUCGGCGUACAUAAAGAUAAUUCAUGUGUUAAUCAUACAGGUUUUUUCUAAAGUUAUUUUAAUUUUA